AUGGGAAUGCUUUUAGCGCCGCGAGCGGACAUGAUUCUCAGCAGCGAUCCCGCGGAGCGCGGCGCCAAGCUCCAAUUCGCAGCGCCUGAUUACAGACCUCCAGCAGGCCGGUCGCGCCGUAGAAGCUUCAACGAGCCUUCGUUCGAGUCGUGGCGCAUCAGCCGACCGAUUUCAGACUCUUCCGCCUGUCCCGCCGAGCCUGCCGCGUCCGACCCCUCCCCUCAUGCCCCAUCCGCGUUGUCCUCUCCCUCUGCUUCUGGGUCGUCGUCGCCUGUCGCCGUUCCUCCCGCGAGCAGCAGAAGCAGCAGCAGUCGCAAAAGCCCUCCUAGUGCCGCCGUCGCGUUCCCCACGUCUCUCUCGUCUCCUGUCGGCUCUCCUCAAUUUACCUCCUUCCUCUCGCCACGCUCCACGCCCCCGUUUCUACUCGACCACAGUGAUUCGCUCAGCGUACCGCGGCGCCCUUCGAGAAGCAUUGACGUCACCGUGACCGACGGCGCGUCGCGGUCGUCUUAUGAGAUCUUCGGCUCGAUUGCUGCUGACCCUCUGUCUCCCACAUUCGCCAUUAGUGCUUCCCCUCCGUGCCCCUCCUCCCCCUCCUAUCACUGCGUUUUCCCCUCGCCGCCUCCUAGCCCGCCAUCCGAGCAACAUCUUAGCCCUUUUCUUUUCGAGAAUCCUCAAAAUCCAACAACUAGCCCAUCUCUCGAGCCGCAUCCUAGCAGCCCGUCGCUUGAGCCAUACCAGACUAGCCCCUUUCGAAGCACCCCGCAAAGUCCUCACGGACGGGGAAUAAGAUCACUCGGGAGCUCGCCACGUGGCAGUUCCGCGUUGACUCCGGAGAGUGAGCGGCUCGGCGGAAGCUGUCGCUGGACCGGCGGGCCGUCGAACCCCACCCUUUCUUCCGCCUCUCCGGCUGGCGUUCCUUCCGCCUACGCGCGCAGUCGGCGCUCGACGCGCCACCUCCCGCCGCUCGCGCAGGACCCCGCUUCCGCCGCCUCGUCGUUCGCCGUCGUCACCGCCACAGCGGCAUUGGCGGAAGCGCGGCGGCUGAAGCGCGCAUCGUCGUCGUCGUCAGGACUCGAGGGGAAGGGCGGGUUCUCUUUUCACCAUCCCGCCGCCACCCCCUCCCCGCCCCAUGCAGCCCCGUCCCAACGGCUAAGCAGCACCCAUCCCCGCUUCCACCGCCGGCACGGCUCCGCAUCGUCAUCCUCCGGCUCGGGAUUGUUACCCGCCUUCGGAUUGCCGACGCCGCCUCGCGACUCCGCCUCGCGGCCGGCCGCGGUGGUUACGGCGGCGGCCGACUCCGCGGAACCGCCUUCUCCGGAGAGCCCCCCCACGCCGUCAGCUUCCUCUAGGGGGUAUUCUCCCCGUUCCGCGCUCUCCUCCUUCGGAGCGAAACCUAUUCUCACGCGUCGCAGUGGCAGCGGCGGCAAUGACGGCAGCAUCAAUAGCAGCCGCGGAAUUAUGAGCAGCGGCGCGAUUCUCGCGUUCGAUCCGCUGGACGAAGCGAGCUCACCGCCAAACGCUCUCUGCGGCAACGGCGCCCUCUCGCUUUUCGAUGCGCCUUUAGCACAGACCGUAGCGGGUGGCACCAGCCACGCCGUGUCGCACUUUCCCGUCGAUCGCGGCAGCGGCGCGAUGCGGGUCGGGCAAGGGGAGGACUCAAUAUUAGCCACAGAAGAAUCGGAGCGCCGGGGCGCGAUCGAAACGCGUUACAGGAACGCGCUAAAUGAACCCCUCGGAACCGGCAGCGGGGGCGAGGCGCGGAAAAACCGGUUUCUGGGCGGUCCGCGCAAGUCGCGGACGUUCGACUUGCUUCCGCAGGGCGCGGGGGAGGAGAGCAGCGGCGGUGUCCCCGGAGAUUCUGGCGCAACGGGCUUGGGGAGCGGUGGGGAUGCAAAGCAACGAACAGAUGGGCAUGCUAGGGCUACGGCGACGAGGGCUGUCAAUGGGGGGGUCGAAUGUUUUAAGAGGUUCGACGGGUCUAGAGAGAGGGUAAUGGGUGGAGCGGGAGCGUGCGAUGCGGCGGGCGCCGCGGCGGACCGGAAUGGGCGGCAGGCGCGCGGAGCAGGACUGCUGCUGCGACGGGUGGAAUCGGCAGAUCAUCACUCUCAGCACCCGUGGCAGCAGCAGCAGGUGUAUGGGAGCGGGCAUGACGCGGCGGCGGAAGCGGGGGGCGAGCGGGGGAGGCGGCUACUCAAGGCGGCGAGCAGCCGCCACCUGGACCCCGCGCCGUCGCUCGCGUCGCCCGCGCUCCUCACGCCGCGCGAGCGCCGGCAGCUGCUCAAAAGCGGCAGCGGCAGGUGGGGCAGGCAGGGCGGCAGCGGCAGUACCAGUCGCGGUGGCAGCGGCAGCAGCAGCGGCAGGAAGGGGGAGGGGGAGGAAGCGGACGAUGAGCGCAGCAGAGAGAUUCCCCUGCUCUCCUCCCCUGAAGCCCUGCGCGCGUGCGUUCCCACGUCAGCACACUCCCCUAGGGCCUUCCGCCGUCCCCCCCCCAGCUCGCCUCCCAGAGCGCUUAGGAAAGCCCUCGAGCUUCCCUCACCGCUGCACGCCCUGGCCGCGUACAGGCACGCGCUCGAGCUUCCCCCGUCGCCUCCCCCCGCCCCCGCGCCGCACAGGCACGCCCUCAAGCUCUCCCUCGCGUUCCUCGACGCGCUCGACAGCCCCCCCGCUGCUGACGUGGCGCUGGGCGGCGGUGGCAGCAGCAGCAGCAGGAAGGGGCACGCCGCGACUGCUCACGUGCAGUGCCAUGGUGACGCUGACAGUGACGUGGGUGGUGCGAGGACUGGUCAGGUGGCUUUUCAGGUGGGUGGGCGGUUGAGUGGUCGCGUGGGCGGCAGCAUGACGGAUAUGUACGCACACAUGGAACGAGUGGGUGUGGCGCCAGAGAGGGAGGUGAGAGGAGAGCAGGCGACGCAGGAGCCAAGACUGCAGCAGUGGGAGCAACAGCAGCAAUGGCAGCAACGGCAGCAACGGCAGCAACAGCAGCAGCGCUCAUUGGUGGGAGAUUCGACCACCUUCUUGCGACACCCAUCACACGCACAGGAGCUUGAUGCCACGUCAGCGCACCGGCGAAGGUCGAUGGGAGGGGCUGCGGACGUGGAGAACGCGAGCAGGAGAGGUGGCGUGUAUCAGGAGCAGGGCGGUGACUAUAACGAGAGUCAGGAUGCCUGGGAGCAGAGGGCGAUGCAUGGGAGCACGGGAACUGGGCUUGGGAUUGGUGGUGCGAGGAAUGGGAGGAAGUGGGAUGUGGAGGAGGACGAGGAGGAGGAGGGGGAUGAGGAGGGGGAAGGGGGAGAGGAAGGGGGGUGGAGAGGUGGGGGGAGCUGGUCGGGGUUGGCAGGAGCAGAGGGUGGGGGUGCGGAGAAAGAGUGGCGGGUGCGGCUGGCGAGAGGAGUGACUGCUACCACUGCGGCCGCUGCUCGUGCAGCUGCUGCUGCUGCCGCUGCUGCUGGUGAUGCUGCUGCUGGUGGCACUGGUGGCAGUGGUUUUGCUGCUGCUGCUGCAGCUGCUGGUGAUGGGGGCAAUGCAGGUAGCAGUGGUGGCGGUGCUGCCGAAGCUGAUGGCGACGGGGAUGGCAGUUUCAGGGAGUGUGUGUUGGGCAUGCCAUACGAGGCGUUACAGCGGCGGUACCACGUGGUGAGGGGGCGCAUAGGCGAGGGCAUGUUCGGCCGCAUCCACACAUGUGUGGAGCGCUGCUCGCGCCGCGCGUACGCGUGCAAGUCCAUCUCGAAGAAGAAGCUGCAGUGCGUGGAGGAUGCAGCGGAUGUAAGGCAGGAGGUGGUGAUGCUGCACAUGCUCAAGGGCCACCCGCACAUCAUUGGACUCGAGGAAGUCCUGGAAGAUCCCAAGUCCAUCCAUCUCAUCAUGGACCUCUGUUCGGGCGGCGAUCUCUUCGACGCAGUGAAGGCCAGGAAGCACCUCCCGGAGCCGCUAGCCGCACGGCUGCUGCAGCAGCUGGUGGGAGCGCUGCUGCACUGCCACUCCACAGGCAUCGUGCACCGUGACAUCAAGCCCGAAAACAUCCUCCUUGUUUCUUCUUCCACCGCUGCUGCGCGUGGCACGGGCAGCAUGGGGAGCAGCGCGAUGGGUGCAGCGAUUGGAAAGGGGAGCGGUGCACAGCUGUGUGAUGGGGCCGUUGGCGAUCGCCUGGGAGGAGCUGCGGUGGGAAGCGGUGCAGGGUCGUUUCUUGAUGGCGGGGAGUGCAAUCUGCACAUCAAGCUGAUUGACUUUGGCGUGGCUGCCUUCCUUGACCAUGACGGCAUGUGCAGGCACACAGCAGGCACGACAGAGUACAUGGCUCCAGAGGUGCUCUCAGGCGGCCGCUACUCCCCGCAGGUGGACGUGUGGAGUGCAGGAGUCGUGCUCUUUGUCAUGCUCUCCGGGGUGCUCCCCUUCUGGCCGUCCCGCCGUGAGGGGCGCUCCACAGAAGAUGCCGUGCUGCGCCAGCCGCUGCGGUUCGGCCACUUCCGGUGGGCGGCGGUGUCCGGGGCGGCAAGGGACCUCGUGGCGAGGAUGCUGACGAGGGACCCUGACAAGAGGAUCUCUGCUGCGCAUGUGCUCGGUGAGUGA